AUGGAUGCGAGUGUUAGGGGUAAAGUGCUAGAAAAAUUGCAGGUUAAGCCUGUGUAUUCAGUGGGCGCCGCCACGUCGCGCGAGCUGUUGCCACUUGGAGUGAUCUGUAAGGGUGACGACGCCGGCUCGGCUGAUGCGUUAUGCAAUUACUUGCAUCAGCGUGGGGCUUUGCCUCCAGACGCCAAGGAAAAGCCAAUGAUUUUUCUUUGCGGUGACAAGCGACGGGAGGUUCUCCCCAACAGCUUCCGCUCGCGGGGACUUCCACUGGAGGAGCUGGUCGUGUACCAGACUAGUGCUGUACAGAAUAUCAACUUCCCUGAUGAUUGCAAGGUGCCGAACUGGAUCGUAUUUUUCAGCCCAAGCGGAUUAAAUGUGAUAAAGGACAUGGCUUUGCCCUGGAAGUCCAUCCGAAAGGCAGCCAUCGGCAAAACAACUGCAAGUGCCUUACGCCAACACGCAGUGGCUACGAAUGAAGCAUUCUGGGAACCGGAUGUCACCGCGUCAAUGCCCGACCCGGAGUCUUUGGCCUGCGCCAUAUUUGACUUUGAAGAACGGAAUUUGUCGUGA